AUGAAAAAAACAGAAUUUUUAAAGAAUGGCUAUUUAGUGAGAGACGAUUUUCUCAGCAAAGAGCAAUGUUCUCAAUUAUUAAAUCAUAUCAAAAAUUUUCAAAAUAGUGAAGAAUUACCUAUCAUUUACCGAGAAAAUUCUGAUCGUCCUCUUCAUUAUAAGGUUAUUAAUGGCUUACAAAUAAAGAAUAGUCUUCAAGAAAUAGAAAAUUUGUAUAGAGACCGCAUUAACAAGUUUAUUUGUGACAUUAGUAAUCUUUCUUUAGUUCCUUUAAAUAAUGAGAUAAUUGGGGCAAAUGUUAACAUUACUCCGAGUGGUGGCACAUAUCGAUGGCAUUAUGAUCGAAACUCAGUUACAGCGUUAAUCUAUUUGAAUGAAGUUGAUGGCGGCGAACUUGAAUUGUAUCCACUUUAUAGAAUUACGUCACCUUUCAAUAAAUUUUCUUUUCUUCAAAAAGCACUAGAUUUACUUCUAAUGUCUAAACCAAUUCGGUUUGUUUUUGGAAAGAAAGUUUCAAUUAAACCUAUCGAAGGAAGAUUAGUAGUUAUGAUUGGUAAUAGGUGUCUUCACAGCGUGAAUUCAGUAAUAGGAUCUGAAGAGAGAGUAAAUGUUGUUCUGUCUUAUGAUGUUUUAGAUAAUCAAGAUGCUUCUAACGAUAAUCUAGAUAAUUAUCUUUAUACACAGAUAAAGGUAACUUCUAGUGAUCCGAAUUAUCAGAAAGAAAUAAGAAAAUGA